AUGGCGCUUAUUAUGACAGAAGAGUUGCUUCGAAAUCGAGUAAAUUUAACACAUGAUAACUUGGAGGAUGUCAAAUCAGUGUCUUUGCCAGGAACAUUCCAUGAGAAGGUUGUCUCCCUUGGAACCUCAUUGCGAAAAUUUACACGUCUCAAGAAUCUUGAUUUGUCACGGAAUAGUCUUGUCAGUCUAGAGGGUCUGGAAACACUGAAGCUGUUGGAGACUCUAAAUCUCUACUACAAUAACAUCGACAGUCUAGAUGAGUUGAAACGACUCCGCCACAACCCAAACCUGAAAGAGUUAGAUUUGCGACUGAACCCGAUAACCCGCAGUGAACCUGACUCCAGACUCUACCUCAUUCACAUGCUGCCCAGUCUACAAAAAUUAGAUGACCGAAGUGUCCGUGACAGAGAGAGACAGGCAGCGCUGAUUCACUUCAGUUCGGGUCAGGCGAGUGAGAUGACGGAAACCCCCCGGUCGACAGACCCGCCCAAGAGACCACCCAACCCUCGCGUAGAACUUGUCAACAGAAUGCAGAAAGGAGUCACCGCUCUUGACGAUGACGACGUGGCUGUCCUUGACCUGAUUGCCCAGUCAGGCGGAGAUCUCACUAAGCCCCGCCCACUGACCGGGUCAGCAGCGCGGGAAUCCAAGUCCGAAGAUUAUACACUCGAUGCUCUGAAAACUCUGAGCUCCGACAAACUGACACAGUUACAGGAUGAGCCUGAGCAGCCUGAAAAAAACACUGUCCAAGCAGCUGACGAUUUUGAAACGGAUGAGAAAAUGGCUGCCUACAGAAAGAAGUACCCCAAUAUCCCCGCAGUGACGGUUACUCAAUAUGAGAGAAACGAGAGAACAAGACAACAACAGUGUGACCCGAAUUUGGAGUAUCAGGAUGAAUUGCAGGCAUACACCAAGUAUAAGAGUGUGGGCAUUUUCACACCACACCCAGACGCAGGUGAUGGUGAUCACGAGUCGAGCCAGGUUCCUGUGGGGCGUGACUCGUAUCCUGACCCCCCUCGUAUGUAUCCUGACAGUCAACGCGGAGAGGACCGGAAGCGAGUAAGUGACAAUCAACGCAGAGAAGACCGACCAUAUACAAAGAGACGGACAGACAGUCAGCAAGUGAAACAAGACUUUGAAAUUGAAAAAACCCUAAAGGAGCUGGGUAUUCCGAAAAACCUGCAGCCCGACCCGAAGAUGGUCCAGGAGGCGGAGGAGAUCAAAGCGAGGCUGGAAAGAAACCCGCGUGCCCGAGAUUUCCUCGUCAAGUUGCUCGACAUGGUCGACAGAUACUGGAACGGAACGAAGUCUUUACACAAACAUUCUAAGUUUAAAGGACUGGCGCUGAACCUGAUUGAUCAGUUUGAGUCGAGUGGUGAGAGCGUGCCGACCAUGAAGCAACUGGAGGAGAAGAUCCGACGCCUCCAGGAGGAGAACCUCGUUCUGAGAGACCGCGACUCGCAGCACCGCGCAACUAUCGACGGCUCAUCCGCCAAUGAGACCUACCUGAAGAACUCGCUACAGAACGCCUUUCAGGAUGUCGAAACACUACGAGACCAGUUGGAGAAGUACAUUGCUGAAAACAAACGACUUCAGAAGAAAAUUGACAACCAGGACACAAUGACAAGUUACCACAGUGGGGCAGCCGCAUCAUCCAUUUCUUUAGUCAAUCAAACACAGCUAGACGAUCUCCAGAGACAGAACAACGCCCUCCAGCGAGAGAUUGAAGAUCUGCGAAUACGUCACAAACAGUUUGCACAGCUCCAGGACGUCACUGUCAUGUUGCAACAAAGUCACAAGUCUCUCGUUCAGACCAACGAUCAUCUGUUGACGGAGAUUGAAGAGCUCAAGCAUCGUCACGGCGACGACGUUGAUUACACACACCACAGUCACAGUAAUCGCAACCUCAAGAGUUAUGCCCCUUCCCAAGUACAGAAUUGCGUUCCAUCGGCUACACUGUAUUCCAGUAACAGCUGAAAAGACUCGGAUCAUUAAUUGAAUAACUUGGCUUAUCACAUAUAGUGUUAUAGCCUUACUAACUCAGGCAUAUUGUGAGGGACCUAACCAUGAAGUCAUAUCAAGGACCUAAUAUAUUUAAGGACUUGUUAUAUUAACAACCUAAUCAUUGAUACAUUUCAGAACUGUCGCUAGGAUCUAAUCACAGAUAUUUUCUUUUCACAUUACCUGUCCUCAAACAAGGGCACCUCCCCCCC